GUCACUUUCGCUUCUGAUAUGGGUUUGUCGGUCGCCAUCUUCAUCGCUCCUCCCCACUCUCAAAUUUCAAUCACACCCUCCCCUUAUCCGCUACCCACAGGUCACUCUCUCAACUUGCGGCGGUUCUGAACUUCGAUUCAAUUAAAAGGGAAUCCAAUGAGGGAGGCUGUGGCGGCGGAUCCGCCGUGCCGGAGCGGCGGAUUCUUAACAGAGCGGUGCCGGAAUCAGGAUCGGAGCCCGAAGGAGAACUUCCGUGUUCUGUGGAGAAAGCAGAGACCGAAUCCGGCGAAGAUGGCGGCCCGGAUAGGGACUGCUUCCACUUACUCUUCCAAGAUCAGCACUAACAUUCCUCUCUAUGAACUGCCAGGGGCUUCGUUCGAUCGAUAUUUGGAGGAUAAGCCCAGAGUUUUCAAGGCUAUAUUUCCAGACAAAAGGAGGAGCCAGCAACUCAAUGAGGAAGAAUGGAGAAUUCACAUGCUACCUGUACAGUUCCUAUUCCUAUCUGCUCUGCCAGUGGUUGACAUGAGAUUGAGAUGUAAAUCCGAAGGGAUUGGAUACCCAUCCGGCGUCCCAACUGAUGUCUCUAAGGUUCUUGAGCUUGACAUUGUCAGAUGGAAGCUUCAGGGACUGGACGAUAUUAUGGAGCCAUCUCAAUUUACACUUGGUGUCAAAGGGGCUCUCUACCCUGACAGACGUGGAUCAGGAAGCAGGCUUAAGGGGCAGUUGCAGAUGAGUAUAAGCUUUGUUCUUCCUCCCGUGCUUGCUUUGCUUCCUGAGCAUGUUCAUAAAGAUGUUGCAGACUCGGUUCUAAGAAAGCUACUGGAGAACAUGAGGAACAAAGUAAAUGGUAGCUUGAUUGCCGAUUACAAUGAGUUCAAGAGGGAAACCUAUCAAGUCUAAGUUUAUGACUUGUUAGUUCAAGCUGAUACCAUGAUGGGAACGAACAAGACAUCAAGAACUCAAAGGUCCUUUGCGAAAUUUGAGCUUAAAACCUCUGCAGAAAUGAUGAGAACAUGCUAUGCAGGUACAUGCAUUUAUACCUUGUUCAUGUGAGAAAUUUCCUUCAUUUGUAAAUGGGAUGUGCCAUAUGUGUACCCACUAAUUUGUACACCAUCUUGUUCACCUCAUACAAUGCACACCUCAUACAAUGCACAUUCAGACAAUAUUUUGUUCUUUGUUCAUCACAUAGGACAAACGUUUGGGAGAACAAAAACUGUUGUCUUUGUUAGUGGUUAGUGGCUUUGUGUACAGAAACAUUUUAGUAUGGUGUAAUCUUUCAGCUUGAAGUCGAAUUGCUUUGGUCAA